CCAGCCUUUCUAGCCGGCGCGGGCUCGGCACAGGCAAUUUUUCCGCCAUACCGGGAAGCCCCCAGGGAUUUUUCGGAAGCGCUCAAGGCCCGAGCAGAGCUCGCUCACGCAGUGUUGCUGCCGCAAACCUACACAAGUGUCAAUUGACGACAACCGGCCCCCCCAAACCAUGAUCUGCAGACCGGCUCUGACGAGGGGCAGCCAACUGGCUCUUCGCCGUCAGGGAGCUGCGAAGCUUGCGCAGCGCGGAUUCGCGGCGGUUGCAUCGCCAACGGCGUCGUACGAGCCCACGACCAUCGCCGGUGUCAAGGUCGCUUCUCGAGACGACAAUGGCCCGACCACCCGCCUCGCCAUCGUCGCGAAGGCCGGUACCCGAUACGAACCGGCUCCGGGCCUGACGGUUGGGUUGGAAGAGUACGCCUUCAAGAACACCGAGAAGCGCUCCGCUCUCCGCAUCACCCGCGAGUCCGAGCUCCUCGGCGGCCAAUUGAGCGCGUACCACACCCGCGAGGCCCUGGUGCUGCAGGCAAACUUCCUCCGGGAGGAUCUCCCUUACUUCACCGAGCUGCUUGCCGAGGUGCUCUCGCAGACACGGUACACCACCCACGAGUAUCAUGAGGAGGUCCAGCAAGUCAUCCAACUCAAGCAAGCCAAGGUCGACGCUGCUGCCGUGGCCCUCGAUGCCGCCCAUUCAGCUGCCUUCCACACCGGCCUUGGUGAACCUCUCUACCCGACGCCCAACACUCCCAUCUCCUCCUACUUGAACGAACACGCGGUCGCCGCCUUCGCCGAGGCUGCCUACACCAAGAACACGAUCGCGGUGAUCGCCGACGGCGCCAGCCAAACCGGCCUUUCGAAGUGGAUCGAGCCCUUCUUCAAGACCGUGCCCGCCCAAUCCUCUACCCCGUUGACCACUGCGGCUUCCAAGUACCACGGCGGCGAGCAGCGGAUCCCCAAGAUUGGCGGCAACGCGAUGGUUAUUGCCUUCCCCGGCGCGGCCCUUGGCGCCAACCAACCCGAGAUCUCCGUCCUCGUCGGCCUCCUCGGCGGCGAGUCCGGCAUCAAGUGGUCGCCUGGCUUCUCUCUCCUCUCCAACGCUACCUCUGCCAGCCCCGGUGCGACAGCCAAGGCCGCCAACUUCGCUUAUUCCGAUGCUGGCCUUCUGGCGAUCCAGAUCAAGGGCGCCGCUCCUGCGGUCCGCAAGGUGGCUGAGGAGGCUGUCAAGUCGCUCAAGAGCGUUGCCGAGGGCGGUGUCUCGCAGGAGACUCUGGCCAAGGCUAUUGCCAAGGCCAAGUUCAACCUGCUCUCAGCCAGCGAGGUCACCGGGACCGGUAUGGUGCACGCUGGCGCCAACCUCAUCCACGGCGGCCAGCCCCUGCAGGUUGCCGAGACGGUCAAGGCUCUGGAGGGCGUGACCGGCGACAAGCUCAAGGCUGCGGCCAAGACACUAUUAGAGGGCAAGGCGUCGGUUGCGGCGGUGGGUGACCUGCACGUAUUGCCGUUCGCCGAGGACCUAGGGCUCAAGGUAUAGAAGGGGGUUAGUUCGUAAGCCGGGUGGAAAAGCGGAAAGAGGAAAAUGUGGAAUAUGUACCAACAGCCCUCCGCCGUCAUAGACUCGUGGCUCACACACGGCAUUGUGCAUAUAGUGAUUCUAGACCAACUCAGUUUCCUAUGCAUUUGGGCGAUUUGGUAGCGCUUGAAGGAGUGUAUCUGAAGUUGCUGUUUCCUUCACCAUGUGAAACAAAUCAUUAUGACAGCACAUCCUCCCAGUAGGUAUCCCUAAGCUGGC